GCGUCCGACUGGUCGUGGGGCUGGCCGCGGGGCUGGCCAUGGGACUGGCCGUGGGGCUGGCUGUCGGGAUGGCCGACGGGCUGGCCGUCGGGCUCGCCGUCGGGCUGGCCGUCGGACUGGUCGUGGGGCUGGCAGUCGGCCUGGUCGCGGGGCUGGCUGUAGGGCUGGUCGUCGGGCUGGUAGUCGGGCUGGCAGCGGGGCUGGCCGUCGGAAUGGCCGUGGGGCUGGCCAUGGGGCUGGCGGUCGGGCUGGUCGUGGGGCUGGUCGUGGGGCUGGCAGUCGGGCUGGCCGUGGGGCCGGUAGUCGGGCUGGCCGUGGGGCUGACAGUCGGGCUGGCCGUCGGGCUGGAUAUCGGGCUGGCCGAGGGGCAGGCCAUCGGGCUGGCCGUGGGACCGGCCGUGGGCGCGAUCAGGCUGGCCGUGGGGCUGGCCGUGGGGCAGGGAGUCGGGCUGGCCGUGGGACUGGCCACGGGGCUGAAAGUCGGGAUGACCGUCGGGCCGGCCGUGGGGCUGGCAAUCGGGCUGGCCGUGGGGCUGGCCGUGGGGCUGGCCGUGGGGCUGGCAGUCGGGUUGGCCGUGAAGCUGGCCGCGGGGCUGGCCGUGGAGCUGGCAGUCGGGCUGACCACGGGGCUGGCCGUAGGGCUGGUCGUCGGGCUGGCCGCGGGGCUGACCGGGCUGGCCGUGGGACUGGCCGUGGGGCUGGCAGUCGGGCUGGCCGUCGGGCUGGCCGUGGGGCUGGCAAUUGGGUUGGCCGUCCAGCUAGCCGUGGGGCUGGCAGUCGGGCUGGCCGUGCGGCUGGCCGUCGGGCCUUGUUGUGGGGCUGUGGGGCUGGCCAUGGGACUGGCCACGGGGCUGGAAGUCGGGGUGGCUGGCAGUCGGGUUGGCCGUGGGCAGGCUGUGGGGCUGGCAGUCGGGCUGGCCGUCGGGCUGGCCGUGGGACUGGCCGCGGGGCGGGCAGUCGGGCAGGCCACAGGGCUGGCCCUCGGGCUGGCCGUGGGACUGGCCGUGGGGCAGGCCGGGCUGGCCGGGGGGCCGCCCGUAAGGCUGGCAGUCGGGCUGGCCGCGGGACUGCCCGUAGGGCUGGCAGCCGUGGAGCUGGCGGUCGGGCUGGCCGUGUGGCUGGCCGCGGGGCUGGAAGUCGGGUUGGCCGCGGGGCUGGCCGUGGGGCUGGCCGUGGGGCUGGCCGAGCUGGCCGUGGGACUGGCCACGGGGCUGGAAGUCGGGGUGGCCGUCGGGCUGGCCGUGGACCUGGCAGUAGGGCUGGCCACGGGGGCCACGGGGCUGGCCGUCGGGCUGGCCGUCCAGCUGGCCGUGGGGCUGGCCGGGCUGGCCGCAGGACUGGCCGUGGGGCUGGCAGUCGGGCUGGCCGUCCGGCUGGUCGUGGAGCUGGCAGUCGGGUUGGCCGUGGGGCCGGCCGUGGGACUGGCAGUCGGGCUGGCCGUAGGGCUGGCCGUGGAGCCGGCCGCGGGGCUAGCAGUCGGGCUGACCACGGGGCGGGCCAACGGGCUGGCCGUCAGGCGGGCCGCGGGGCCGGCAG